AUGGGAGAUUGGAUCGAAAGUUGUCCGGACGAUGGACCUCCCAUCUCCAGGAUCUCGAUUACCCCACUCUUUGACGGUGACGGGGCAUCUUCUUUAUCGAUUCAGCAAGCCCUGACUCAGCCUCGUUGCAUUGCGCACACGGCGAUUCUCUUAUUUGAGACGCGUUAUGGAAAUGUUCCAGCGCAUCGAUUCACCGAGGAAAACAUUUGUGCUUUCGAUGACGAAGGCCCCCUCUCUCUCUACUUCACCAAGGCAACACCAAAUGCAACUGAUCAAGAAUGGCGCGUGGAUCGCAGUACUUCGGGUAAUGUGACAUUACUUUUCCAUGUCGAACCUCGACAUGUUGAUAUCACAACACCGAUGGGCCCACGUGUUGACAUGCGUCGCGAUCAGGGAGGUCUUAUCGGUAAUGGGAGAUGGUUCCUCCCGCGGCCUACAGGAGCUCGGUUAUGGCGUCAUGUCGUGGAGUGGGAUCUAUCAGACGCACCAAUUGGUACACGUGCUUUGUGGUCAUUUGGCGAAGGGCCUCGGCCUAUUAUCAGAGACGGUGACCCUAUGACAGUUGCAGAUUCGGUCUUUAUGGUAGGACCAAUAAGGAGCUACCCCGAUCCAGCUCCUAGUCAUCAACGUCUUUCCGGCGCGAAUGUCAACUGGUUUGGGGAGUUACCUUCCAAGAUUGCCUGUCUGAAUGAAUACAAUAUAUCUUUUUUUCUGAAGUUAGCCGCCUACUUCAAGAAGAAAGAAGCGUCAUAUAAUAUAUUCAUUCGGCGCGUGAUCAGAGGGUAUGGAGGAGGUGCGUAUCCGGAGAGCUAUGUAUUCGAAUAUGAUGAGACAAUCGGAAACGAACCAGACGACGAGCUCAUAUCUAUGUUCUCUCACGAGAUGGUCCACAGCUUCUCAAUGAUGGAUCCUGAAGAUAAUGGAUAUGAUAAUGGGUGGUAUAUUGAGGGCCUUGCAGAAUUUUUUUCUAUUUUUUUACCUUAUCGCUUCGGCCUUCGCGGGGUUGACUACCUUGUUAGUAGACUGAAUGCGAUACUACAAGCGUAUGGUUGCAGCCCGCGAAUUCAUAUGGACAUACUCGACGCUCAGCAUAUUUUCUAUGACGACUGGUACGCAGAGCUGAUACCUUAUACGCGAGGUUGCGUAUACCUUCUCCAGGUUGAUAGUCGCCUCAGGAAAGCCAGCGGUAUAUAUGGAUUCGAUCAGAUGAGUCCUCUGGACGACAUUAUUAUCGAUAUGGGUCAACGAAGGCAGCGAGGAGAAAAGUUUCAGGCACGGAACUGGCUUGAUUACCUAUGGCCGUACCUGGGAGACAUGUCUCAAGAUUUCCGAAAUAUGCUUCGAGGCAUAGAAAUCAACUUGAAAGACGUCCGAGUGGUCUAUCAGAACUGGAACUUGACCACCUCAAUGCAAGAAGUUCUUGAGUUUGGGAUUGACAGGUCCAGUACAAGCAAACGCAUCGUUUCUGGUCUCGUACCAGGAUCGAGAGCCGCCCUUGCCGGGCUCAAGAACGGUGAUAAAAUCCUGUCGACGUCACGGGCAAGUUUCUGUGCGAUGAAUUCAAGUGCGAACAUGGAAAUUUGUGUUGAACGAACCUGUCAGAAGGUGCAAAUCUCCUAUUGGCCGCACUCAUUCUCGAAGGCCUGUUUCAGCUUACUCGACAUUCAAACUGAGUGA